AUGGUGGUUCUUUCUCCGUCGAGUUCAAUAUUGCCGGACGGAGUAAUCGUGGAUUAUUGGUCAUUACUACCGGAAGAUGUUUGGUUUGAGAUUCUUAGACGUCUUCCGACAGAUUUAGUCUUCAAACUGUGGGUUGUCUCGAAGGUAUGGCAUUCUACACUUUCGAACCCUGAUUUUAAAACAAGGUGGAUAAAACACAAUAGCUUACCCGAAACUAUUCUCUUUUAUAAUCUUGAGGACUCGAUCACUUCCAAAAACACAGUUAUUAAACAUAUCAUUCCUAAUAGGAGUAUUCGGAGAGGUCCUUGUGUUGCUUGGGCUGCAUCUCUUGAUAAUUCCCUGACAUUCAUACGUAAGCAUGAUGUGUUUUCGUUUAAAUUUCUUUCGCAAGUGCAUCAAAGACUAUACCUUCUAGCUUCAACCAAUGGAUUGAUUCUUUGUUCAUCGGGAUACAAUUCUCCUUGGAUGAACUUUUUUGUUUGCAAUCCAUUAACUAAGAGAUACGUCAAACUACCAGAACCGUCAUAUUUAUUCCCAGAUCAUGAUUACUUAUUUGGCUUCGUCAGUGAUUCUUAUUCAUCAGUAUAUUACAAGGUAGUGCUUAUAGAAGAAUUGACGUUGCCAUCCAACGGAUUUGUCCUUUAUAUCUUUUGCUCUGAUCUCCAAGAGUGGGAAACUCACUGUGUUUCAUGUCCUGACCUCAUCACUAUGAAAAAAUCAUUGUCAAGCAAUGUGGUUAAUAGUUGCGGGGUCUUAUAUUGGAUUGAAGGAGAAGGAGAUAGAAUUGUAGCUUGUGAUCUCAACAGGGAUAUGCGAUGCAGUUUGAUAAGGCUCCCGAAAAGGGAUAAUAACCAAAAAGAUGAAUACCAAUGUUUAGGAGAGUCUGAAGGGUCCAUCAUGUACAGCCGACGUCAGGGUGGAGAAUUAGAGGUUUGGUUACUUGAAGGAUCAUCAUCAGUUUGGCAUUUGGUUCACAAGAUUGAAACUCAGCACAUGUUAUUUCCUUGUCAUGGGGCAGAACGCUAUGGUUCGACGGUCGAUUUCAGACAUACAGCAUUCAACCCAGUGGAUCGAAACAUUAUGAUCUUAACUUGUUCGUAUGGCAUUUUUACCUACAGCAUUGCAACCCGAAAACUCAAGCAGCUAAAAUUAGUUGGUUAUACUCACCGUGAUGGAUACAGAAACCCGAUUAUGCUUGCGCCUUGGGUGACCGCACUUUGA